AUGGCUUCCCCUAGCGUUCUCACCUUUGACGCUGAGGGACGGGUAGUGGACUUUGAGGUCUGGGUAGAUGAUCUGCAGCUUUUUCUACAGUGCGAUAGGGCAGACGGCCUCUCCCUGUUUGAACUCACUUUUGGUGCCUCCCCUGCCCCUACUGCUGAUGCUGACGCCAUUGUUUGCUCAAAGUGGGCCACACGUGAUGCUGCUGCUCGCCUUGCUGUUCGCCGCCACUUACCAACCACUGAGCGUGCGCACUUUAGCCAGUACAAGAGUGCUCAGACCUUGUACGACGUUGUAGUUGCACGCUACUCUUCCCCUGCCACUGCUGCACUGAGCCGCCUCAUGCUACCAUUCCUCUUCCUUGACCUUGCUGCCUUUCCCACUGUCGCUGACCUCAUUACGCACCUCCCCACUCUUGACACUCGCUACCGCGCUGCGCUCCCUGUUGAGGACCACUUCCUCUCAGUUUGCCCCACCACUCUCACCGUUGACCUCCUCGAGAAGGCCCUCCUAGCGAUAGAGAAGAGCAUAGUCACUGUAGGAGCCUCUCGUGGUGACCCUCGCACCCCCGUCUUUGAGGGGUGUUCUCCCUCCCCCCUCUUGCCCUCUGUCGCCUCUGCUGCUGCAACCAACCUCGUUGGUUUCGAGUCGGUUGGCGCUGCGUCUGCCCCGAGCGGGAGACGCCGCACCGGCAAGGGCAAGGAGGGCAAGGGCACUAGAGGGGGUGUGUGA